AUUUCCUUUAAAGCACUUCCAGAUACUUCCGAUGCGUUAAUUGGAGUGCUGAAGGAAUCUGGAUAUGAUGCCUGGCCGGUUCUCAGCGGACAGCACAUCUUUAACUCCAGUAACUGCACGGACUUACUUCAACAUAUGGACAUUUCUGAUAUUCUCUAUGUGGAGAUAGGUAAAAAGAAAGCAUACGCCAGGAAACCGGUGUCUGACUACGCUGUAUACAUUAAGCCUAUGCUCAUUCACAAAGAAAUAAAAAAGGUGACAAAUCUCACAGCAAUAAUAAGCAACACUAUCAAAUUCUUAAAACCAGGAAUUGAAAAUGCAAUGCUUGAAAACCUAACUAAUCAAUUGGUGGAAUUCUCACUGAAGAUGUCGGAGAUAGCGGAAAGAGUGAGUGUGAAUAAUCCCUACACUAUAUCUUCACUAGAAGCAAAGUUUCCCAAUAUUCCUUUAUCUGCCUUACUGAAGAAAGAAUUUGAAAAGGUUAACAUCACAUUGUACGAUACAGAGACGGUCAAUGUGUAUGAUACUUACUGCUGGGAGUUAAGCAAGUUCUUGGACACUGCCAACCCGAACACUCUUUAUAACUAUGGAGGAUUCCUUACAUUGUUUCCUUACCUCGGAUAUGUAAAUAUCAGCAAUGUAAGCGAGCGCAAGAGCCGUAAUUGGAGUGAAUGCAUAACUUUGUUGGACGAAAGUGCCCGUGACGUUCUCGACAAUUUAUACAUAACCAACGAACCCAACCACACCGCGAUUAAGACUGAGGUAGAAGACAUAGCGCGCAAAGUGAUAGAGGCGUUCAAUGAAACGCUUCAAAAGAACAGCUGGAUCGACAGUAAGACGCGACAAGCCUUCGAAAAACAGUUGAAAGAAGCGCCAAUGGGAAUAGGAUACCCGGAGGCACUAUUGGACAUGUCAGCACUUGAAGCUCUCUACAAAUACGUACCAUACUUUCCUUCGAAUACAUCAUUCACAGAAGCCUUGUACUACUUUCGUGAAAACUUGUACAAAAUGAAUUUGCGUAAGUUUCGGCAUCCAGAAGAGAGCAAUUGGCGGUGAGUAAUAAGUGGUUCAAAAAA